AUGCCAGAUGAUGACGAGCCUGGCUUUGGCAUGAAGACUGCCACGUUAAGGGACUACCAACGCAAGCACCAUGCGGAAGUGACGGCGCUGUCGCAGGUGGUUGAAGCAAUCGCGGAGAUGCAGGCAACUUCAAGCCAAGUCACUGGCUGGGUGGAACUUUUUGUUCCGCACUAUCCAUGCUCCAGUUGCACUGGCGCGCUGGUCCAGUUUGCCACAAGACAUCCACAGAUCUCAGUGCGGGUGGGUCAUGACGACUGGCGUCACUGGCUGAGGCGCUUGGAUGCCAGAUGGGAUCCCACAGAUGCGAAACACCACGUUCUCUCCAUCAACGCUCGGCAGCUUCGGGAACUUGAUCGAAACAUCGGGGAGGCCAUCCCGGAGAAUUACAAAGCUGCGCUACGGGGCACCUUGGGGAGCACGGGCAUUUCCAGCAAUGGCGCUGGGCGAGGCGGGUCUCCUCUCGGCAUCAGAUGUCGAACAGGAGAUGAGGCAGUGCGGCGUUGGCGCGCUGAUGGAGGCUGGUGCUAUCUCCGAGUCACGUUCAGUGCAGAUGGUUGCAGCUGCGAAGCAGUCAGCUGCCGCGUUUGUCAAGGCGGGCUUGGCCAAUGGCAACGGCGGCAACGCUGGCAACGGUGGCAACAGCCGGCAGCUCGAAAGGAGCUCCCGGGCCCAAAGCCCAGGUGGCGCUUACAGACAGCCGACGUCAAUACCGACUCCCACUUUCCCAGGCUGGUUGACCUAGCACCAACCCCAGUGGAAGAAAACUCAGUGGAUACCCUGUUGGGCCUGCCACGACGCGUCAAAGUCGUCAUGACUUUGACGCGGCUGAUGCGGCUGCGCCGCUAUGUCGCUGGAAAAGGCUGCUGCGAGGGCAUCCAGCUUCUGGGCCCAGAUUUUUGCAUCUUGUGGCAGGCCUGUCGUCGCCGGGCCAGAGUGCGCAAAGCCCUGCGCAUUGCGUCGCCUCUCCGAGGCAGUGGGGUGAAGCAAGCCUUGCCGCGAUGGAUGGGACAGGAGCUCGGGGAGCCCCAUGGUUGGCGGGGCCACUGCCCUUGCUGCAAGCGACCCCUGACCCUGGAGCUGGCAGAGCCAUGGACCGCCUUCCAUCCGCUGCCGGCAGCGAAGGGGCGCUUCGCGUACGUCAUCAAUCUGUGGGGUUCCUCCAGCGAGUACGUCCUGGGCGCUCUGGUCCUGGGCCAUUCCCUCCGCCGCAGCGGCAGCUGCCACGCGCGCGUGUGCCUCUGCGCCGAGGACGUGCCGGAGCUCUUCGUCCAAGUGCUGGCGGAGAUUUGGGAGUGCCGAAGGGUCACGGAUAUCAAGGCGGUGGCUGCACUGGGGAAGUACAGCCAAGAACACCGCUUCGCACGUGUGUUUACGAAGCUACGAGGGAUGGAACUGGUGGAUUUUGAGAAGAUCUUGAUGCUGGACAUCGAUUUGCUCGUGCGAAAAAACAUCGACGAGUUGUUUGACCUCCAAGCUCCAGCCGCCAUGAGAAGGGGAGCGGCAGGUUGGCUCAACACAGGAGAUGCCAUCGAUGGUCGUGCUUUCUUUAUGGGGCACGAUGACAGCCGUUGGUCUUGGGGCCAAGGAACAGGUAUCAAUGCGGGGGUCAUGCUCCUCCAGCCCAACCAGCAUGUGUUCAAUGAGAUGGUGGCAGAGCUAUCUGAACCGAACCAUCCGGAACAUUGCAAUGGAAACGGGCCGGAGCAGGAUUACCUGAGCAGAUACUUCGCAGACUCACCUUGGAAGCAUAUCGGCGUUGAAUACAACUUCCAGAUCCAUCACUUCUUCAACUGCCUACAUCCUGACAAGGUCGAAAGCUCCAAACGGGUGGCUUUGGCGCAGGCUGACAAAGUGAAAGUGGUGCACUUUUCUGGCGAAGAUGGCGCGAAGCCUUGGCGUCGAAUCUUGGACGAGAAGCUGAAGCUUUGGCCGGACCGCAGCAAGGACGCCGAGUUUCUGGAGGUUUUCAUGGAGCAAUUUCAAGGCUACUGGCUGUGGAUGCAGAGAGACAAAGAAUGGCUGGAGGACGCAGGGAAAAGCGACCGAGCAUGGGAAGUCUCUGAUCUCUUCAUUGAUGGUGGUAAUUUGUACAGGCGCGGAGCUGAGGGAGUUGCAAGCUGUGUGAACCUUCCGGAAGAGGUCUCAUCGGCAGUGAGGGGGUUUCUGCAGAAGGUACUGGAUGAAUGGUUUGAUACCUUCACUGACUUGCAAGCCGUUCUCAAUGUGGAUCUGCAGCGAGAAAUGGGCAGGUGUGCAAGUCUCCAGAAGCCUGUGGAAGGACUAGGCAAAUCAUCCGAACUCUUCCGCUGGAAGCGUCAAGGCGAAUGGUGGAUAGAGGAGCUCCCGGCCCAGUGCUUCAAAGCGACUGUGGUGUGUCAGGCCGGGCCCUCGAAGUCAGUGUCGUUUCUGGAAGAUGCCGUUACCACACUGGAAGUAUCUGGCCAACGUGCCGCAGGUCUCUGGAUCAAGGCCAUUGGGGGCAGCUGCUGCACGCUGGCCGCAGGGCAGGCGUUGCAGGCGCUGGAGGAAUGGCUGGCAGCGCAGCCAGGUGCGAAUUUCCUUCUUGCAAUGGUUGGCUGUGUAGCUGAGUCGCCGUUGCCAGAGGCGACGGCGUUGCUGCAGCUUCCAAGUCCACCUGAAAGGUGUGGUGCUUUUGCAGCUGCUGGCACCAUCGGCGCCUGGCAUGGCUUGCAUGCGGCAAGUGAUGCAGCAUAUGUCUCAGUGUCGAUGGCGCGGCAGGGCUGA